GGUGCGCGCCGGGUUACCCCCCUGCUGCUCGGUGUGCGGCACACGGCGGUGGAAGAGGGACUUCCGGGUGUAGCGGGGCAGGAGAGCGGAGCUGGCGGGGGGAGGCUCGUCCGCCUCCCGUUUGUGGCACAGCCGGGACUGUUGCCUCGCAGCUGGGGCUUCGCGGACAGCUGCUGAGGAGCACGUUUUAUUCUGUCCUGUGGCUACACUUCUGAAGUGAUGGAGUAUCUAAGGAACCAACUUGUGCAGCCUUUUUAGGCAGUCUGUGUUGUGACAGCUCUUAAUUACUGCCUGGGCGAUAUGGAUGCUUGAAAUACUUCUCUUUAUGGAAAGCUGUAAUGUCCGUGUGGAUAGCAUACAUGCAAAACUAGAAGUAUAAUGUUAAUGGAAGCUAAAAUUACAUUAAAUAUUCAUGUGAUACUCCCAUCAAUGCAUAAAUUUUUGAUAAAAUAGAAACUAUCUGAAUACUGUAGACAAAACUUCUUUUGCUUCUGGCUUGCGUAUGGAAUGAAACAUGUUUGACUCAACAACAAUUCUGUUGUUGAGUGUUGUUGAGUCAGUUCAUAGCUCUGUAAUGUAAAAUAUUAGCAUUUACCAGUUGAAAGGGAGAUCUAGAAAUGUGAAGUUUAGCUCUAACCAGUAAACAGUAUUGAGGGGAGCUGGUUGGUUUCUGUAAGUCUUAUAUCAUCAAAAAUAUAGGUUUCAACUCUUAAAAGUUGCAGGGCCACCCAACCUAUAUUCUAGAAACCUUAGUAGUCUUUUUAAUAAACUUCUGGUUUAAUCUUGAGCAAGAAAGGGGAAUUUAUUUAGAGCAACACUUAGACAAAUAGUGUAUAGUAAGUAUACUGCAUUUCUAUUUAUGGCUGUAUUUACAUAAGCUGUAGUAAGAGCAGUAAUCCUAUGGUUGACUCCAUGAAACCUUUUUUAAGAAAGAAUCAAAGAUGACUUUUGGAAACAAUGAAGAGGGCACAAACAAUUUUAUAAUGCUGUCUGUUUUACCACUGGAAACUCCUUGAUUUGGAUUAGGUCUGGUUUAUAGUUGGCUUGUGUUUAAACACUUUAAUCCCUCAACUGAAACCUUGACACAGUUGUCAUCUUCCAUGGCUGUCCCCUUAUUGGAUUAUUCAGGUUGUGGACUAUCUGCUGCAGGAUGUGGCUACCUUAAAUGUCUCUUGAGUCAUCCUAGGGUGACUAGUGCAGUGCAAAUGCAGUUGUACUUCUUCCUAGGCUAGCCAGCCUCUUCAUAUGACUGGUCUUGCCCCCCACACGUGGGGCUGAGCCCUGCUGGGUUUGAGUAGACUCCACAUAGAAGCUUAAUCAUCUGCUGGGUUUGACUUCUGGCUAUUGCAAACUUCAAAGGGAGUCAACCUCAAGCUUCUUGAGCUUGAUGGGGAAUAGUCUUCUGUUCUAACUAAUCUUGGAUAAUGGAGACUUGAUUGUAUAUUAGUAUUCGCUAAUAUAUAUAAAAAAAAGUUGUUUAACCCAAAGUAGUGAUCCUUUGAUUUUAAAUUUACUUUGAUUUGAUUUUGUAGAUAAGACACAGAUUAAUGUGCUGUAUUUUUAUUUAUGUAACCACAUACCUUAAUGUUUUUUAUAUUCAGAUAUUGAAUGAUGUCCCUUUUGUGUUGGAUUAUAUGACUCUUUUAACAGGAAUAACAUUUUUCAAAGCUGUGAGCAUCUAGAAAUGUUGAUAGGAUGCUAUAUGCAUUUCUCCCUCCAAAGGCUGGAUAAGCAUAGAAGGUACUAACAUACUCCUAAACCCUGUAAGGUCCCUUUCAGAAGGCACAGAUAGAAGUCCAGGGAACAGGACAGUCCAUGCAGAUACCCAGGUAUGACUUCUCUGAGGCCUUGUAUGCCUUUCAGAAUGGUGCUUGGCCAAAACAAAACUAAUCAGAGUAAAAUACAGUAUUGGUAAGCUGAGCUCAUAUUCUUCCAGCCAGUCCACCAGCAUGCCUGUCCUUCUAGCUGCUGUCUUUGCCACUUAGUGUUUACAUUCUUUAGUUUUUUGGAGCUAGUAGGUUACAUGCUCUCAUUUCAUUUUCAAGAAUGAAGCAGUUUUUCUUGUUUUGUCAACUACAAUUGACAUACGAACUUAAAUGCCCGUAUUGAAAUGACAAUAAAGACUCCUUUAUUAGUAUUGUCUACUCUAAUCACUGAAAUAUAAAUUGGCAAAGAAAUUUUUGAAAAUACUUCCCACCCAAGUAUCGCAGAACCUGGAACAGUCUUUAUAAAAAUUCCUUCCACAGUUGUUUGCUAUUCAGAGUUAAGUACUAGAAGAAAGGGUAUAGAAUAGGAAAUGAUUGAAUUUCCAAAGCAGAUAAUACGGACAAUUUUUUAAGCCUGUGAUAAUUUUUCCUGUUAUAAGCAGUUCUGUGAGCAACAGACUAGUGAAGGCCAGCUUUCUAUGAACAUGUCUUGAAAUCUAGCUUCUGUAUAGAUUAUCAGAUGCCAAAAAGGGUCACAGUACAAUCUUUGUGAGGUAUUUAAUAGGGUUGCUAUCCAGCUGCCUGUUUUGAUGAAAUUUCUAGGAACUUCUAAAGAUCUCUAGUUGUGUGUCAGAUUUUGUUGGAUUUAUUUCCAUGCAGAUGGAAGGCAUGUUUUUGCAUCUUCCAUGCCCUCUCUCCAUACCACCUUCAUGUUUAAUUUGAUUGAACAUGCUUAGUUUUCUUUAGUAAACUAAAACAGGAUGGUUCUGACUUGAUGUAAGGGAAAUCUUCAUUGUAAGGACUCUCCAGCAUUGGAACAAAUUGCUGAGAGAGCUUGUCCGAUCUCUGUCCAUGGAGGUUUUCAAGACCUGACUGGACAAGAUGUUGAGUAAUCUGGUUGCAAUACAUUGCUGACCCUGCUUUGAAUAGAAGGUUGGACUUGGUGACCUCCUGAGGUCCCCUCCAAUAUGAAUGAGUUUAUUGUUAAGAAAUAAGGCUGAAAGGAAGGCAGACGUGAGGUUUCCUUGUUCUGGUGUGUUUUUUUUUUUUUUUUCUCUCCACUUCCAAGAAGUGAAAUAUUAGUAUUUUCAGAAGUAGAGAAAUUAUGGUCCAGUACAGUUACUUGGGGAACUAAUAGUGUUUGCCUUUGACUUAUAAGGCACUGUUCAGACUUUUAUGUUGCUAUUUAGUAUUAAAAUGCUACUGUAUUAUUGGAUGGGGAAGAGUUGCGGUUGUGGUAGUAUUUGAAAUGCUGAACAAUAGUUCCAUGUUACAUAUGUUGCAGAAAUGAAGUGAACCUUCAGUGUUACAUAGAGCUCCAGGUGGGUAUUUCAUUAUGGAGAUAAUAUUUAAUUCAACAGUAUGUGUAGGAAUAGAUCGAUGGAUAAAAUGCCACUGAGAAAUGGUUGAACGAACUGUUUAGGAUGGCUCACAUAAACUGAGUUUGGCUUGGGGUAUCAGCUGCUACAAUAAUUAUCUUAUUUUGCUAAUGACCUGUUUUGGUUCUGUUUAAAAGGUGCUGCUUCUGAAAAUUCAGUCAGUUAUCAGUUUUUUUGAAGAUACACUUAAAGUUUCGGAAAGUAGAUAGAGAAUUAUCUUCUGGAUGGCAAAGGUGAUAAGAGGAUUGAGACUCUUGAGCUAGGGUAACUGGCUUAAUUUUGCUGCAGUGCUCUCGUGUUGAAUAUGCUUGCUAAAAAUGGCAUGUAUACUAAUGAAAGUUUCACCGUACUUACACAUGGAAACAAAGUGCAAACCAAGGCUUGAAGAAUAUCCAAAAUAAAAGAGAAAUAAAUUAGUAGUAAAAAAUAGAUGGAUAAUAAACUGUUAAUCAGAGUAUCAAACUGAAGGCUUGAGGAAAUGAGCUUAGAAUGCUGAAAUUUCUUGACUCUUUUGAUAAGGCCUUGCUGGUCUAAUGGAUAUAGAGUAUGUUAGCUGAAUAACAUUGUGCCCUGCUCCCAAGCAGUUUAUUUAAAGACAUGAUACAGACACAUGCAUCUUUUUGGACUGAAGACAAGCUACUUGAAAACUGGAAAAUAAGUCAUCUUCCUUCAGGAUUCUUCAUUUUGUUUCAUGUUUGUCUUUUUUCCUCCUGGAUUAAUGACUUUCAUUUCAGAAUGGUUGCUGGUUAAGAAAACACUGAAAUACAUGGAUGUGACAUACUGUACUACUUUUGUAGACUAAUUUUCUGUUUUGUGAGAUAGACUUGCCUCAAGAAGUGACUGCUGCAUCUUCUUCAGUAGAAUCAGAGUAUCAGUUAAAGGACUGAGGUGGAAGAACUGUUUCCAGUGGAACCUAAUGUAUUGAACCACAUCUCCUUCUGUCUGACCUGAGCAUGAUGGCAUCCUGUCGGCUCUCUCUUUAUCUGCAUUGGACCAUGGGGUUGGUGCACAUAACAUAGAGGGCUGAUCAUAAAAACAUAACCACAGAGAUGAUACGAAUUCCCAGUUGACUUCAAUUUAAAAAAAUACUUGACUUCUUUAUUUUACUGCUUGGAUUUUGAUAGUACAAUGCCAGAAUAGUUACUGUGAUUUAUUCCAUUCUGUAUAGGUUCCUCUUCUAGACCUAUCCCAAUGGUAUCAGAAUGUCUUCCAGACUUUUUACCAAUAAAAAAGAGUAGAAACCAAGACUAGCAUCUGUCAAAUGGGGCUCCCUCUCCAUUUCUGUCUACACGCCUUUCCUUUGGGGGGAGAAGAAGAGGAGAAUAGCAUGAAAAGUGCAAAAUGUUUCAAAUUCCUGUUCAAAAUCUUGAUAAUAUCAGGAAGGCUCGAAAAAAGGUGAAGGGCAUUCUUGUGGAUAUUGGGCUUGACAGCUGCAGGGAAUUGUUGAAGAAUCUUAAAAGUUUUGACCCAGACGAAAAAUACUUUUUCAACACUUCAUGGAGUGAUGUCUCUCUUUGGGAUUCUGUGGGCAAAAGGAAGAGAUACAGAACAAAGCCAUACUGCUGUAGCUUUUGCAAGUUCUCUUCAAAAUUGCUUACUUCAUUCAAGAAUCACUUGCACCGUUACCAUGAAGAUGAAAUGGACCAGGAGUUGGUGGUUCCUUGCCCAAAAUGUGCAUUUGCUUCUGAUCCCAAAAUAGUGGGAAAACAUAUCCGGAUGUUUCAUUCAUCUAAUAAGAGAAUACAGAACUAUACAGUCAGCAUUUUGGAUGGCAUGAAACAAUUUAGGAGUGACAUCAUAAACUUUACAUGUCUAAAAUGUCACUUUACAGACACAUUAUAUUACAAUAUGAAGAAACACGUGCUGUUGAACCAUUUUCAAAACCUAAUAAGUACCUAUUUUGGCCAGAGACCUGAUGAAAGUGAAGAGAAUUCUGUUGAGCACUACUGUAAAAAGUGUAAUGCUUCUGCAAACAGCCAAGAUUCUUUAAUGUAUCAUGUCUUGACAGCUGAAACCCACAGAGACCUGGAGAACAAGCUUCGGUCUGUGAUUUCAGAACAUAUUAAGAAACCAGGACUUGUGAAACAAAUGCAUAUUGCUCCGAAGCCUCCCCCAGCUAUGGCUGCUCCAUCUUCAGGGCCAGCCACUGCCCCAGCAGGUUCCAUUACGGCGCCGGCUUGCAUCCAGCUUGCAUUUCCACAGAAUAAUCAGAACCAGACUGUGGUGCAGGCAAAAGCAGUUCAAAACACAGUCAGAUCACUGACUGUUCCAAGUGCCUCUGGUAGCCUUCCACAUACAACUUCUGCUCCAGUUGUUACUGCGUCACAUGUUACUCUUGUAUCUAGUAAUCUUCCUGUAGGUCAGAAUACUGUUAAUAUUCAGCCGUCAGCAUCGCAGCCUAUCAUUGUUUCCCAUAGACUCCCUCUUAAUCAGCCUGUCAGGGCUGGGGCUAUUCCUCUUAAUCAUUCUGUUGGGACCCUGAAUAGAACUGUGGCCCCUGCAGUUCUUCCACUUAGUCAACCUGUCAGGCCUGGGCUCUUUCCUAUUAAUCAGCCUGUUGGUACUAUAAAUAGUCCAGUUGCGGCUGGACCUCUACCUAUUGCUCAACCUGUUAGCCCUGUAAAUCAGCCGGUUGCACCAGGAGUCCUCCCUGUAAAUCAGCCCGUUGCACCGGGAGUUCUCUCUGUGAACCAAUCGCUUGGGAAUGUGAAUAGACCCAUUGGUCCCAGAGUCCUUCCUGUGGCCCAGACGGUUGCCUCAGGGGUUCUCCAGCUUAAUCAGCCUGUUGCAUCUGGAGUUGUUCCUGUUAGACAGACUGUUAGGCCUGGGUUUCUUCAGCUUAAUCAACCUGUUGCUCCAGGAGUUAUCCCUGUAAAUCAGCCAGUUAGACCUGCCGUUUCUCAAAACACAGCUUUUCUGACUGCAGGUCCUAUACUUAGACAGUUGAUUCCAACUGGUAAGCAGGUUAAUGGGAUACCUACGUACACGCUUGCUCCAGUUUCAGUUACUUUGCCUGUGCCUCCUGGUGGUGGUGUAGCAACUGUUACACCACCACAAGUGCCCUUCCAGCUAAUGCAGUCUGGGACGGUAACUCAAUUAUCUCAGUCACCGGCUAGUGCACCCUCUCCUCCAGUGCUUGUAACAUCUCAGAAUAUAUCUUUGCAGGCUUCCCCACCUGCUCCUGAAACGAGCCAGGCUAUCAAACAGGCUAAACAAUGGAAGACUUGCCCUGUUUGCAAUGAGCUUUUCCCAUCAAAUGUCUACCAGGUGCACAUGGAGGUGGCUCACAAACAUGGUGAAAUAAAAAUGGAGGAAAACCUGGAACCUGACAAACUUGCAGCUUGUGCACCCUUUCUAAGGUGGAUGACAGAAAAGACUGUCCGGUGUUUCUCUUGUAAAUGUUUUCUGUGCGAGGAAGAGCUUAUGAAACAUCUCUUGAUGCAUGGUUUAGCUUGCUUGUUUUGCACACUUACUUUCCAUGACUUAAAAAGCCUUGUGGAGCACAAUAAAACUACACAUAAUGGGAAAAAGAAACUACAUGCAGAUUACAGCAACAGAGGAUUUCAGCUAGAUAAUGAUGCUCAGGGUGACCUUGUAUUUCCACACUUUGAUUUCAGUACAGUGUUACCAAAAGAAGACAUUGGUGAAAAAGAAGUACAUCUGGCAGUGCUUGCUGGAGUAAAUUCAAGGACGCUUGUUCCUGUUUACAUCAAAGUGAAACCUCAAACAGUGGAAGUGAACAAUAGAUGCAACAAAAAAGUGUUAACGUGUCCCUUUUGUUUUGGUACCUUUGUUAGUAAAGAAGCCUAUGAAAUGCAUUUGAAAGAGAGACAUCAUAUAAUGCCAACUGUACAUACAAUUUUAAAGUCUCCUGCUUUCAAGUGCAUCCACUGCUGUGGAGUGUACACUGGAAAUAUGACUCUGACAGCUAUUGCUGUACAUUUGCUCCGUUGUAGAAGUGCUCCCAAAGACAGCAACUCAAGUGUGAAGAUGCAGCUUGAGCGCACUGAGAAGAAAGAGCUACUGUUUGUGAAUGGUGAAAAGCAUGAUUCUGUGAUGCUUAAAAGAAAACAAUCUGAUACCUGCUUUGUUGCAGAAGACCAAAGGAAUAAAGAACAGCAGCCUCAAACCUUAAGUACUGGCAUAGCUCUAUCUUCAGAAAAAGAAGUGAAUUCAGGGGUAGUGCCUUUCAAGCGACAAAAGACUAAUACUAGGACUGAGAUGAAGAAACUUUUUUCUAGUGAGGAUCUUCGCAUUCUAGCAGUAGAUCCUAAACAGUAUGAACACAAUUCAUAUGAGGCUCAAAAACUGUUUUUGACAGAUUACUUUCACAAGAGGCCAUAUCCUACUAAAAAAGAAAUGGAGUUGCUAUCCUCACUGCUAUAUGCAUCAAAAAUUGAUGUUGCAUCCUUCUUUGGAAAAAGGAGGAAUAUAUGCUUAAAGGCGAUAAAAAACCACAAACCAUCUGUGCUGCUGGGUUUCAGUGUGUCUGAAUUAAAAAAUAUUAAGCACAGUUUGAAUUUAAAAGAUGAACCAUUAAAUAUGUAAGAUGGUUUUUAAAACAACUAAAAGCAAUCCAUAAUUGCAUACUUAACAGUUUAGCAAUUUAUUGUAUUUGAGUUAUUUGUUUUAACUUGCAGACUGGCCUGUUGAAGGGUUACAGUAGUAUAAAGGUCUCGUUCAGUUGUGACUGUUAUUGUGAAAAGCACACGUAGUUGUGUAUUUGAAAAAGCUAAGACCUUCAGAUAUACACUUCUGGAAUUUGUUUUAGCUUUUUACAUCUUCUGGAGUAGAUUUUUUGUUUUGUUUUGUGUUUUUUCCCUUCUUCCCCUUCAGCCUCCCAUUAGACUUUUUAUACCACCAUAUAAAACGUUUGUUCUGUUAAAAACAAAUUUUAUUUUUUUCUGCAAUGUCAACACCUUUUUUUAAAUAAUAAAAUGUAUAAUGUUGGUUAAAACACUGAGGUAAACUAGAUGGAAAAAACAUCUAUUUGAUUAUUUGUGUUUUUUAACUCCUAUUUUUUUUGUUUUUUUUUCUAUUUUCUUUUUAUCUACUGAAGAAAGUGAUUGUAGCCUUUAUAUUCCCCCCUCCCCCCCCAAUUUUGGAUGCGCUGGUAGCAAUAAAAUACUUGGCAGUCUUUUCUUUUCUUUUUUUUUUUCCUGAUCAUAAUACCUUUGCCAGUUAAAUCUGAUGACUUGUAAUAUCUAACUAGCACUAAUAUGGUGGGCAUUCUGGUAGGGGCAGGAGAAGGCCUUUUAAACUGUUAUAGUAACUGACUUGAAAUGGCUGUGUUUAUUAUCUGUUAAAUAGGUCUUGCUAAACAGAAGUGUUAACUCCUUUUGUUGGUGUUGAAACCUGGUUGUUUAAAUAUCUGUUGUUCAAAGCAGUAGCAUUGGUUCUUAUUUCAAAAAGCAAAAACGCUUUGGAGAGUGUCAGAUUGCUUUGAUAUGUGGAAUAUGUGACUUUCAUGCACAUACCUUCUCUGUAGAAGCCCUAUCCAAUAAUCACUGACGUUUGGUGGAAAUAUUUAUAUAAUUUUAAUUGAUGUUGCAUAAGGUGGUAACAGCCAGUGCUCCAUAACAAAUUAGUUAUAUGGUUUGAACUCUUCUCUGAGUCAGACAGCAUACAGAAACUGGAGCUGGAUGAAUUGGUAGUGUUAACACUUUCAACUGUUGGUUACCUGAACCAAUGAUACUCAUACACAGAUGACGAAUUUUUACUGCCGUUACAGAAAGUCUAAGAAUUGUAUAAAAACGGAGUAGAUGAUCUUGUUCAGUGCAAACUCACAUCCCUAUUAUGGAUUACAUCCAAAAUUGCCACUUACAAAAACUUAGUCAAAAAGUUAAUUUGAGUUGGAGAACAAACUGUGUAAGUUACUGAUGGCCAUAAUCAGGCCUUGUUUAGUACUGUUCCUUUUUUCUGAUUGUUUGGUUUCGGUUGGUUUGUAAAUAUUGCCUCCAAAAUUCAUUAAUAGAUGGUUAACACUUGUAAUAAGCAACCUAUAAUAUAUAUUCAUUUUUCUUCCUGCUCUUCCUCCUGCUUCCCAUAACCAUCUCCCCUAGAAGAAGAAAGGAGACUGUUCUAUCAGUUAACUUGUGCCAGCGUUACAAGGAAAGGGUAAUGCGCCCAAGCUUCUCUUUUUUUUUUUUCUUUUUAAGUAGUAAACAUACUUUUGUCCUAUGCAAUAGAGGUUUUAAAAGCAGAUAAAGAUUUUGUUGUUGUUUCUGAAAGGACACGAUGUUUGUAACAGACUUUGCCUGUUCAUCUGAGGUUCUAUACACUAUUCAAAAUUUUAUUUUGGAUACAACCUUGAUAUUUUCAUAUUGAUCACUUCAAAGAAUUUUGAUGUGCAUGUAAUGUCUAGUGACCUAAACUGAGAGAAUCUGCUAUUUGGUAAAGCUUAGUCAUUUAAUACCAGUGUUGAACUAACAUAAUCACCUUUAUGGGAUUCCCCCUCCCUCCCCAAAAGUGACAUUGAGAAAGAAGCAGUGUAUUCCUAUAGUCUAAUAGUAGCUCAUUACUCAUUCAUUGAUUUUUUUUUUUUUUUUUUAAUCAAAAUUGUGAGUUGGUUUGUGAACCAAUUUAGAGAGCUCUUAGGAACUUUUAAAAAUUCUUAAUCUAGAUAUUGUGAGCCAUAUUUUCUCUGGAGUAGUCCUGCUGGUAUCAGGGAAAUUCCAGUAGGGAGGAAUUGGGCAAUUUACGAUGAACAUUUAAGGAUUGGUCUUAAGAUAACAGAGCACUUCUUGGAGUGGGGAGCUGGGAAGUCAUAGCAGAGUUGAUCCUUGCUUUGAGCACCAAGGAAGCAGUCUGGUCUUACCAGUUUUCCUAUAUACUGUCCAGUGGUGAUGUUAAGCGUUUUAUCUAUUGGACUCUGAUUUCACGGUUUCAAAUAAACCAGGUUUCUAACUUA